AUGUCAACGGAAAUUACUCUUGUCAACAUCGACAAGGCGCAGUUUUAUAAAAGGAAAUCUCGGUCAAUUUUCAUGCAUGCGCAAAGCAUUGAAAGUUCAUUGACCUUCGAUCGAAUUUCCCUGAUGGCUGAAGAAGAACUUAGUUUGCGACUGGAGUUGCUGAAUAAAACCGAAGUUUCGUUUAACCUGGCUCAUGGGUCUCUCGAAGAGCUUGACUACGAUGAAAUCGAUAGUCCGCUGCCGGAUGAAUUUGAGGAAUUGAUUUUAUCCGCAAAAUCAAUUGUGCUCCAGGAGAUUGGUAAGCGUAAGGUGGCCAGUUUGCCGUGCUCAACGUUGCGCCAGGAACCCGCCAUGGAUUCCGCUGCUAGUCAGCCUAACAAAAGGCUUCGUCUCCCGGAAAUUAAAUUGCCCGAAUUUAGUGGUGGCUACACCGAAUAUGCCAACUUUUUCUCCAUGUUUUCGACCAUCAUCGAUCAAGAUCCUGAUCUUUCGCCCGUGGAAAAGCUCCAACAUUUGAAGUCGUGCCUGAAAGGCUCCGCAUUGGAUUCUGUUCGCUCGCUGGAUAUUUGCAAUGAUAACUAUGCUGUUGCUUUGGAUUUGCUCAACAAACGCUUUAACAACAAACGUCUUAUUUUUCAGGCACAUAUCGCAGAGAUUUUGGGCAUGCAGAAGGUAGAGAAUGCGACAGCGGCGAGGUUACGGGAGUUUUCGGACAAAAUCAACACAAAUUUGCGUUCAUUGCAGUCGAUGGGAACUGCUGAGCAAAUUUCUGGAUCCAUCAUCAUCCACAUUGCUCCAACGAUUACGGGAAACCAGCCUAGCCUGCCUAUGAGUCCGGAGAACUGGAAUAUACCAGCAAACCUUCAGCUUGCCGAUCCGGAUUUCCACAAACCUCAAAAAAUUGACUUAUUAAUUGGAGCAAGUCUUUUCUUUGAGCUUCUUUGUGUGGGUCAAAUAAAACUCACUCCUGGUCUUCCUUUGCUGCAAAAAACCCGUCUAGGAUGGGUCGUCGCAGGAGGUGGCUCAGAACACCGUGAAUCAUCGGCUCUUGCAGCUCAGACGUCUGUAUCUUCCGUCGAAGAAGUUGAGUCGCCAUUGGAUGAAAUACUUCGACGCUUUUGGGAAAUAGAGAGUGUUCCUGAUUACGCCUGCAAAUUUUCCAAAGAGGAGCUCGAAUGUGAGGAACAUUUCAAAACCAACUUUGCUCGCCUGGCUACCGGAGCAUACUCUGUUCGCCUUCCGUUAAAGCAUAGCUUGGAUAUGCUCGGAGAUUCUUAUGCUCACGCUUAUCGUCGUUUUUUGAAUUUGGAACAUAAACUUCAACGUCACCCGCAGCUCAAGUCUCAAUAUUCGGCUUUCAUUCGUGAAUAUUUGGACUUGAAUCACAUGUCACUCGUUAGCAAAGAUUCGAUUGGUCUUUGCCAGUAUUAUCUUCCCCAUCAUUGCGUUUUCAAAAAGGACAGCACCACAACGAAAUUGCGUGUAGUUUUUGAUGGGUCUGCCCGAACGUCGUCUGGAUCUUCCUUGAAUGACGUCCUUAUGGCUGGUCCUACCAUUCAGCCCAAACUAUUUCGGACCCUGCUUCAAUUCCGAACGUUUCCUGUGGCCCUGACUGGUGACAUUUGCAAGAUGUAUCGUUGCGUUCGAGUUGCCGAGCCCGAUAGUUUUCUGCAGUGCCUUCUUUGGAGAGAUUCACCAAGCCAGGAGAUACAAGUUUACAGGCUGGAUACAGUAACUUAUGGAACCAAGCGUGCAUCAUUUCUAUCUGUGCGGGCCAUGCAUCAGCUUGCUAUUGAUGAGGAGAAUUCGUAUCCCAUUGGCUCCCAAAUUCUCAAGCGGGAUUUUUACGUUGAUGAUCUGAUUACUGGUGGCAACUCCGCUCAAGAUGUUUUAGAGAUCAUGCGUCAAACCCAGGAAUUGCUUGGAAAAGGGCAGUUCAAGCUGAGAAAAUGGUGCUCUAAUGACCCCGUUGUUCUUAAGGAAACACCCGAGCCAGAAAGGGAAACAUUCCUGAAGUUCGACGAUGGAAGCGACAUUACCAAAACGCUGGGGCUCGCUUGGGAUCCUACUUCAGACGUUCUAAUGUUUUCUUUCUCUCCCAUGCAGCGCAUCUUAAAACCUAGCAAGAGGUCCGUGCUGUCCACAAUAGCCCGCUUCUAUGACCCCCUCGGCCUCAUCUGCCCUGUCAUAACCAAAGCAAAAAUCUUUUUGCAGCAGCUUUGGAAGGAGAAAUUGGAUUGGGAUGAGAGCCUUCCCUCUGCGCUAAAUUCGUCUUGGCUGAAGUUAACAGCUGAUAUUGCUUGCACCCAGCAAAUGAAAUUUCCUCGCUUAGCUGUUCAGCCUGCCGGCAUCAUAGAGCUCCAUGGUUUCAGCGAUGCCAGCAUAAAUGCGUAUGGUGGCUGUAUCUACGCUGUGUCUUCAUCACAAGGUCGUAGAGAGGCUCAGCUACUUUGUGCUAAGUCUCGUGUGGCUCCGCUGAAGACGCUUACGAUUCCCAAAUUGGAACUUUGUGCCGCUCUGCUGUUGUCUCAACUCAUCCGAGAAGUCCGUGAUAUGAACGUUUUCUCUUGCCCGUUCUUUUGCUGGUCCGACUCGUCCGUCGUACUUUCGUGGAUUAAGGAUGAGCCCUCCCGGUUCCAAGUCUUCACCGCAAACCGAAUUGCUUCGAUACAGGAGCUGACCAACGGAAUGGAUUGGCGAUAUGUACCCACGUUUUGUAACCCAGCUGACAUUUUGUCGAGGGGAUCACUUCCAAGCGAGCUGCUUGAGUCAUCGCUAUGGUCAAGAGGUCCAUCGUUCCUGUGCAAUGACAGAAUUCACUGGCCCGCCCCGCAUUCUGCCAUCACUCCGUUACCAGAAAUGAGAAAUUCGCUCGUGGCUCAUACCACGCCUUCCAAUGACAUGACGUUGCAAUGCAAGUUCAGCAAUUCCUGGCAAAAGCUGACCCAUGUAUUUGCAUACGUCUUUAAAUUUCGACAUCGCAUCCGGCACUCUGGAAUUACAGUCGAGCAUAUUCAGCUUGGAACGCAGUUGCUCCUUCGCACCAUCCAGAUGAACAACCUUGCAGCUGACUACAAACGACUGCAAGAUGAAUUUGGCAUAAUGCGUGUUGGUGGUCGUUUAAAGAAUUCUGGAUUGGCCUUUGAGUCUCAGCAUCCUAUUAUAUUACCGAGGAGUCAUCCAGUAACCCACGCACUUAUCAUGCACUUUCAUCGGCGCAAACUCCAUUCGGGACCUCGAUCUCUGCUUGCACACAUUCGUCUGCAGUAUUGGCCAAUUGGAGGACGCAAAACUGUCACAACUGUGGUCAAUAAAUGCAUUAUCUGCUUCAGAGCCAAACCCCGACUGUUUGAGCAUGUAAUGGCUGAUUUGCCAAAGAGCCGGGUAUCUUCAACGUGGACGUUUAUGGUCACAGGGUUGGAUUUCUGUGGUCCGUUCCAUUACAGGACUGGGGUUCGAGGCAAGGUUCCUGUAAAAACGUAUGUCUGCAUCUUCAUAUGUUUUUCGACGAAAGCGGUGCACUUGGAACUUGUUCAGGAUUUGUCGACGCAAGCAUUUCUUGGAGCGUUGAAGCGCUUUAUUCUAACAAGGGGCAAGCCUGCUCGAAUAUGGUCGGAUAAUGCAACCAAUUUUGUUGGCGCCAAGAACGAGCUGACCGAGCUGAAACGUUUGUUCCUGUGCGACCCCCACAUACGUUCCGUGCAGGAAUUCUGUCUGGAGGAUAACAUUGAGUGGCGAUUCAUUCCUCCCCGUUCGCCUCACUUUGGAGGCCUCUGGGAGGCUGCAGUAAAAACGGCCAAAUUCCAUUUCUAUCGUUCAGUUGGCCCAUCGCUAUUAUCGUUUGACGAGCUGCGCACGCUAGUUUGCCACAUUGGGGCGAUAAUCAACUCUAGACCUCUGCUUCCUCUUUCAGAGAACCCAGCCGACUUGGAUGUGUUAACUCCCGCACACUUUCUUGGCACCGCUCCUCUGGUGUUGUUUCCAGAGCCUGAUGUCACACUGUUAAAUUGCAACCGAUUGGAUCGAUGGCAGCGAAUAUCUUACCAUCAGCAAGUUUUCUGGGCCCGUUGGCGAGAAGAAUACCUAACACUUCUUCAACAGCGUGCUAAGUGGCGCACCAAUCAUCCAAAUCUCAAGAUCAACGAUGUUGUCUUAGUGAAGGACGAGAACCUUCCUCCACUUAAGUGGCCACUGGCUAGAGUGGACGAGCUGAUCGCCGGAGAAGACAAAGUUGUCCGU